AUGGGCGCGAAAUUCCGGCGCAACAAGUGUUGUAAGAGACUCGAUGGCGUAGUUGAUAGGAUAAGUGCGUUGCCUGAUGAUAUUAUCAUCGCCAUAUUAUCUCACCUAUCGUUGAGGGAAGCCGCAGCCACUAGCGUUCUUGCUCCCCGAUGGUCCGAUUUGUGGAGACACACACCUAAUCUCGACUUCAAAUUAUCAGCCAAAUCAGCAGUCACCAGAUGGCUCGAAUUCGUGUUCUUAAGAUCAGUUGAGAGGUUGGAAUGGGACUUCCAAUGUGAGGAUGCAAGUGAUCAGAUUGUUCUUGGAGAGGUGUUGAGAGAGAGCGGGAUAUGUUGGGGUUGUCGGAAUCUCACCAUCUUCACAUCCCUCAAAAGCUUGUGCCUGAAACAUUUGCGAGUGAGUGGUGAAGAUAUCAAGCUGUUCCUGCGUGAGCUCCCGUCGUUGGAGCUAUUGAGCAUCUGCUACGCGAAUCUCACUUCUCAUGUUGAGGUUUGUGGCGCAACCCUCGCGUUGAAACACUUGGAGAUACUCCACUGCAAGGGUGGGGCAGACAUAUCAGUUUCUGCUCCAAAUCUUACUUGGCUUUGCGUUGACGACAUAUCAACGUUGGUGUUGCCUUUGAAUGUCCCAAAACUUGUUGGGGCAUUCUUUACCUAUACAAGUAGUGCAAGUAUAGAUAAUGUGCCCCAUUUGAUUUCUGCAAUAUCUUGCUGCAAGUACCAACUGAAAACUCUCAACUUAACUAUCCGUUAUCCCAAGUGGUUGUUCUCGAAUGCCAUUAAAUGCUUUAUUAUCGGCAUUUCCUUGUCUUCAAGAAUUCGAAUUAGAGGUUGA